GUUGGCGUUGGUAUUUUAUGGAUUUUGGCCAGGUGAUGAGAAUGAGAUGAUAGAUAUAAAAAAGAAGAUACUUUCUUCUUCUUCUUCCUCUUCUGCUUGUUGUUCUUGUUUCAUAGAAACAAACUGAAAAAAGCUAUACAGUUUCUGAGAACAAAAUCUGUAGGUAGAAUCUGAGAGGCAAAAAUGAAUGGCAAUGAAAAUAAUAAUAAUGGAAACAUCUUUGGAGGAGCUGAUGAAAGUGAGCAUAUUAGAAGACAUCAUACGCACGAUGUGGCUGAUCAUCAGUGUAGUGAUGUUCUCACCAAGCACAUCAGGGCUCCUGUUCAUCUAGUAUGGUCUUUGGUGAGGAGGUUCGAUCAACCGCAGAAGUACAAGCCUUUUAUCAGUCGGUGUGUUGUGCAGGGAAACCUUGAGAUCGGGAGUCUGCGAGAAGUGGAUGUAAAGUCUGGUCUUCCGGCCACCACGAGUACCGAACGACUAGAACUUCUUGAUGAUGUAGAACAUGUUCUCAGAAUCAGGAUUAUUGGCGGGGAUCACAGACUCAGGAACUACUCUUCAGUCAUUUCCCUUCAUCCAGAGAUCAUAGAUGGAAGGCCUGGGACAUUUGUGCUUGAGUCGUUUGUGGUGGAUGUCCCGGAAGGGAAUACCAAGGAUGAUACAUGCUACUUCGUUGAAGCUUUAAUCAAGUGCAAUCUCAAAUCACUUGCUGAUGUCUCUGAGCGGCUUGCAGUGCAGGAUAGGACUGAACCCAUUGAUCGGAUGUAAGAAAGUGUAGGGAUGAGAGCAUUGAUAUGGAAUGCUACGGUUGCCAAGGAUGAAGCUUUUGAGGCUUUCAUAUCUCGAAGGCUUUGGAGACGGACUGGCAUUAGUACUUGUUUCGUCAACUACAUGCACACAUUUUCCUUUAGUUAUGUUGUGUCUUUGUUUUUUUUUUUUUGGAGCAUGUUCAGUGUCUGAAGUAGGUCAGGAACCACAGGCUCUUAUAAAAGGUUUCACUCUUACAUGAUGAAAAAAGUUUUCUGUAUUUUCCAGAAUUUUGUCCAUGCUUUUUACUUUAUCUAUGUGUGUAUAUAAAAUGUACUGGAAAGACUUUAGAUCUUGUAAGUUUUUGUUUCAUUUUCAUGUUUUUAGUACCUAGCAUAGCAGUCGUAAGGAAAAGUUGGUUGAUCUAGACUAUGCUCAUCCAAUUAUAUGAAGACAUGUCUAUCUGUUAGGACUUAUAUGUUAAUACAUAAUGUAUUAGUGUGUUACCCUUAUAAAGAACUAUACAUUUGAAUGCAA